AUGAGUCGAAGAGAUUUUGAUGACGCCACUCGCGGAGGAGAUGACACAACCACUACUGCCAUAGAAACGACCAAACUCUACUCAUUGCAUCGGAUCAAACUGUUCAAACUGUUUACUUCUCUCAAUACGUUAUUUACGCUCAUUGUUAUCAUUUACAUGAUCGUUACUUUUAUCAUUCUCGGAGUUCAAUUACAAGGACAUCCAACGAAUGGCUCCAUCUAUUCCAUCCUCACUUGGACUUCCUAUCUCAGUUACGUUCUGGAAGCUAUUGAGAGUUGCUGCUUGGUUACUUGCAUCAUGGGAUUAGUUGCCUCAUUCACAAAGCCUUCCGCUGCUUGUAAUCGAUUCUUAAUCAUUCCUUACAUCUUGGGUUGCUUGGUAAAAUUAUUGAUGGAAUGGGGUUUGAUCAUGUCCACUUCGGGAGCCAUGACUGCUCUCGCUGGUCAUGAGAGUGUCGUGUACGUUGCUAUUGUGGUUGCCAUCAUUGAUGCUGUAUGGAAUUUGCUUGCCUUGAUUUUCAGUGUGGUUCAUGCUGUGUAUUUGUUUGGUGUUCGUAGAAAUAUGAAACUUGUGAAAUAA